AUGGGAAAAAAUUUCAAUAUCUCCAAAUCGCUGGUUUAUAUACUGAUAUCAACUGCUGUCGUUGGAGAAAUAGCCUCUAUUAUUAGAUUCUGCUUCAUUUCUAAAAGCUAACACGUUAUUGGAACUUCUGAAGGUAAUUUAAAAUAAUUCUAAAUAGGAUGGUUUGGCAUUAUGAAAGACACUUCCGAUCAUUAAUGGAAUGCUUAUCAGUAGAAUCUUUAAACGAUCCUUCUUUUUUAAUUUUUUUGUCUGUUAGGAUCAUUUUUAAUUAAAAAAAUCUCGAAUAAUCAAACUUAACUUUAAAAUCUAUAAUACUUCAACAUCACAAUAGGUUUGAUUUUCAGUUUUGUGGCAAUGAGUUUUGGAGUAAUCUUCUAAUUUGUAGUUUUGAUGAUUUUCUAUAUUUUACAAAAGGUAUUUUAAUCACUAUACUUAGUAUUUAAUUAAUUUUAAAUACUUUGUUUUAUCCCUAUGGACAUUUGUUAUGGUAUUUUUGUAUCUCAACGAAAGACUUAAUGGAUUCAAUUUUAAAAUGAUUUCUCCUCACUUAGAAAUACUUGAUUAAAUCUAAGAGGAAUAAUAAUAAAUUUAAUGGCACCGUCUCUUCAACUUAGUUUUAUUGAGAAUCAUAAGUUUUUCCUUGGAUCACUAUUGGGCAGCCUAAGAAAUAAAAAAGUAUGAUAUUUAAUCGAAUUUAGAAAUUAAUUUAAAGCAAUACCACCCAAGACGUCUGGAUAAGAGUAUCGAGAUUUAGUAAAGCAAAGCCAGGAUAUAUCUGAAUACAAUUUUCUUGGGUACCUUGCAUACAUAUAUUACACUCCUUUAUUUAUUACAGGACCAACGAUUACAUUUAAUGCAUUCAACGCUUAACUAAAAUAGAGGUAAUAAGCAAACAAAAAUGUUAAAGAAGUAAUUUAUUAUGUACUUCGUGUUUAUGUAUUGAAUUUGUUAACAUUUGAAAUAUUCCUUCAUGUUUGUUAUCCUAAUGCUAUUUCAAAUAUACAAGAGAAUAAUCAUAUUUGGUAAUCUUUAUCAUUUUAUGAUUUUCAUGUUAUGUCAUUCGUUAAUUUGAUUUUCAUUUGGUACAAAUUUAUGAUUAUCUGGCGUAUUUCAAGAGCCUGGGCAUUAAUUGACGGUAUUAUGUUAGAAUUAACCUGUAUAUAGGGAUAGAAGUACCUGAAAAUAUGAGCAGAUGCAUCUAUAAUAAUUACAACUUUAGUGGAUUUUGGAGAUCAUGGCAUAGAAGCUUUAACUAAUGGCUAAUUCGAUACUUGUAUAUACCUUUGGGCGGUUCACAUUACAAAGCAUUAAACAUUUGGGUUGUUUUCUUGUUUGUUGCAUUCUGGCAUGAUUUUAAGAGUGACUUAUUCUUUUGGGCCUUUAUCAUUUGCUUGGCCUUAUUACCAGAGAUGGCUGCAAUGUACUUUUUUAACAGAGAACAAUAUUAUAAAUUUUGGUGGUUCAAAUAUUUAACUGCAAUAGCAGCAGGAUUCUAGAUUGAAGUCAUGAGUCUAGCCAAUUUUAUUGGAUUUGGGUAAGGAAAAGAUUGUCUGAAUCAUAUUUAUUAAAAAUAUUUCAAUUUAGAGUGUAUGAUCAUUUUUAUCUUGGUGGCCAUUUUUAGAAACGGUAGUGGUGUUAUUUUAGGAUUGUACGUUAGAUAAAAGGAAGAAGAAACUUAAAAAGUUAAGAAAUAUUGA